AUGAGCAACAUCAAAUCCAAAGAUCUAAGCUACGACAAAUCAGCGUCCCAACCAGCUUUCCUCCAACGCCUCAGAGACCAAAACAGCGCAAUCACCGCCUCAGGCCGUCAAGAACAACCCAUCGCUCGCGCUCAACGAGCAAAGAAAGCUGGCGAUGAUGACGACGACGCACCGACCUAUGUUGUAGAAGGAAGCUCCGAGACAUUGACCAAAGCGGAGUAUGAGAAAUUGACCUCUGGCGAUGGAGAUGUAGAAGCAGGUGUCAAAUCAAAAUUCGGGGAUGUCAAGGAUAUGGUGACGGGAGAAUUGACGGGGGAUUCACCAAAGGCUUCGGGUGCUUUGCCAGAGGAGGAUGAUGUGCCGGUUCGUACAUCUGCAACAAUCGAUGCAGGAAAGGCGACCAAGAAACGUAAAGUGGCCAAAGUUAGACGAGACAAAAGGCGAGAGCAAACCCAAAAAGCCCAAGAAAAAGGGCAAGCCGAUCAAACUCUCCUUCGGCGAUGA